UCAAGAUGAUGGAAUCAACAAUUCAAUUUGAUUAUAAGACUGUAAAGUGUGAUUUAUAUACAGGCAUUGAAGAAUGUUCACAAAGAGGUUUAAUAAAUGCUACAAAAUGGCUCUCAGAUAUUUUAUUAUCAUUAUCUGAUAUAAAAUUAAGUCCGGAGGAAAUACCGAAAACUGAUUAUAAUUGUGGGGAUGAAUUAGAUAUUUAUUAUGUUGCUAAAAGUUAUUUUGAUGCAAAGGAAUUCGAUCGUUGUGCUUAUGUCACAAAAUCAUGUAUGGAACCAAAAACAAGAUUUUUACAUUAUUAUGCUAAGUAUUUGGGAAAUGAAAAGAAACGUGUGGAAAGUAUGACAGAAAUAUCCACACCACCAGAUCCGACAAAGAAUGAAGUCUUAAAGGAAAUUAAUAGUGGCCUAAAAAAAUUAUACAGCACCAAUACAAUGGACGGUUUUGAACUUUAUUUAUAUGGAAUUGUAUUAAAAAAAUUAGAUUUACAAAAUCUAGCUUUAGAUGUCUUGAUGGAGGCCGUCCAUUUAGCACCAAUGAAUUGGUCUGCUUGGAUUGAAUUAUCUCUUAUAGUUUCUGAUAAAGACAAAUUAAUGUCUUUACAACUACCAGAUCACUGGAUUCGACAUUUCUUUUUUGCACAUGCAUAUUUGGAUUUGCUUUAUAAUGAUGAGGCCUUAGAUUUGUUUUGGGAAUUACAGACAAAUGGCUUUGAAAAAAGUAAUUAUAUUAUGGCACAAACUGCUAUUGCUUAUCAUAAUCGUCGAGAGAUAGAUAGAGCGAUUGAAAUGUUUAAAAAUUUACAAAAAUCAGAUCCUUAUCGGUUAGAUCAUUUAGAUACGUUUUCUAACUUACUUUAUGUAAAAGAGAUGAAAACUGAUUUAGCAAAUCUAGCUCAUCAUGCUGUUAAAAUCGAUAAAUACAGGGUGGAAACAUGUUGUGUUGUAGGAAAUUAUUAUAGUUUACGUGGAGAUCAUCAGAAAGCAGUAGUGUAUUUUCAACGAGCGUUAAAAUUAAACCCAUAUUAUUUGUCUGCAUGGACGUUAAUGGGUCACGAAUUUAUGGAAAUGAAAAAUACAAAUGCGGCAAUUCAUAGUUAUCGGCAAGCAAUUGAGGUAAAUCGACGUGAUUACAGAGCUUGGUAUGGAUUAGGGCAAACUUAUGAGCUAUUGAAAAUGUACUCAUAUUGUGUUUAUUAUUAUAAACAAGCCCAACAAUUACGACCGUAUGAUAGUCGAAUGUUAAUAGCUCUAGGUGAAACCUAUGAAAAAGUAGACAAAAUUGACAAUGCUUUAAAAUGUUUUUAUAAAGCUUGUAAUGUUGGUGAUAUUGAAGGAAUUGCUUUAAUUAAAUUAGCUAAAUUAUAUGAAAGAUUAGGUGAAGAAGACAAUGCAGCUGCAGCAUAUACGAAGUAUUGUAUGGAUGAUACAAGAACUGCAGUUAGUGAACAAUCAGAAUUAUAUCAUGCUUAUAAAAUGUUAGCAAAUUAUCAUCUACGAAGAGGUCAAUUGGAUGAUGCAAAUAAUUAUGCAUACAAGUGUUUAGAACACUCAGAGACUAAAGAAGAGGGUAAAGCGUUAUUAAAAGCAAUAGCAGCGAAACGAGGUCAUGCUGAUUGUCCAGUUCACCCAUCAGUUACUAUAGAUGAAACUACAACAGAAAAUAUAAAUUUUACAACGAGGAGAGCACCUUUAUCUCCCAGGAGUAGUAAUUCACCAACUUUUUAAUUUAUUAUUUUAUUUUUAUA